UAUCUUAUUUGUGUUAAAGCUUAAUCCAUGAUUAAAGUUAUACUUUUUAUUUACAUUUGUUUACCUCGAAUACCAAAGCGUCAAAAUGGAAGCCGAUGGUCUUGGCCUUGGGUUCGGCACUUCACAGAAAAAAAGUGCCAAGUCUGGGAGACGAGCAGCACAAGCUACAAGUAGUCAACCUGCACCUGUACUAGAUGAAGUAGAAUUAUCUUCAGAACCAGCCUCCAAAAAGUCUACAACAGAAGGACGACUAAAUAAAGCAGUUUCAGGCUGGGGAGAAGAAACUCCUGCUCGUAAACCACGAGCUCGGCAAUUAGGGGAAGGAUUUGAAUCACAUGAAGAUGACAGACUAAAUCAGAAAGCAACAGACAAAGAUGAUGAUUCUGAAAGUGAUAUACCAAUAAUACCAGAACUAGAAGAAACAGUUGAAGAGGACUUGUCCGCUAAAGUUGCCUCAGCACCAAAUGUUGCUGUCAAUAGAGUGGCUACCUACAGAGAACUUGACAAUGAUCUCUUAAAACAAGCUGCAUUUCUAACUCUGGACAAUGAUAUUGAUCUGAAAUUAUUAACCAAAGCACUUUCACCUCCUGAGGAUUUGAUAGAGGAUGAUAAACCUUGGGAAUGGGACAGAUUAUUUACAGAAGUUUCAUCAGAGUUAAGAUCAGAAUGGGACAAAACAGAUUCAGAAAAGGAUGAUGAAAAACCCCUUGAUGCUGAACAAUGAUUUUUUCUUUUCCUUCCCAAUGUAAAUACAAAAUAAAUUGGAUAAAUUAGAUAGAACAAUCAGGAACAGAUUUAUGUUCUUAUAUGAUGUUCUGUCAUACAUUCAAUCACAAUUAUUCUCUUUCUAAUGUUUAUUAUUAUAAAGUGUUUAUGAUCAGACAUUUCACCAAAAGGACAGCUUAAAAUAAUUUUUUACUCUAGAAGUAUAAAAAAAACAGACUU